GUUUUACUCGAGACAUCGUAGCGACAAUAUCGCGAUGAGUUUCAAGAACAAGGUCGUCAUUGUAACCGGAGCGAGCUCCGGCAUCGGAGCCGCCGCGGCGAAGAUGUUCAGCGACGAGGGAGCUCGCGUCGUGAUGGUCGGACGCAACGAGAAGAAGCUCUCCGCCGUGGCCGCGCGCUGCGCCUCGCCGCUCGUGAUCCGCGCGGACGUCUCUAAGGACGAUGAUGCGAAGCGAAUCAUUAACGAAACCGUCAAGAAGUUUGGACAAAUUGAUGUCUUGGUUAACAACGCGGGUCUCACGAUAAACAACGGGGGACUACUUGGCAGUGAUAUGAUGGAAACGUUCGACGCUAUCAUGAACAUCAACCUCCGUGCAGUCGUUCAUUUAACGUCCCUAGCGGCGCCGCACCUGAUCAAGACCAAGGGCAACAUUGUGAACGUGUCGAGUAUUGCAGGUACGAUAGCACCGAUCGGUCCAGGAUUGGCGGCUUACUACGUUUCAAAAGCAGGUAUGAACCAUUUCACCGUCUGCGCUGCGGCGGAGUUGGGAGUUCACGGUGUGAGAGUAAAUACGGUCAGCCCCGGACCAGUGAGGACUGACUUCUUUGAAAACGCUAAAUCUGCAAUCGAUAUCGACACCCUCCGUCCCAUGACCCUCCUCGAUAGAGUUUCGGAGCCGGAGGAAAUCGCAGACGUGAUUUUGUUCCUCACGAGCGACAGAGCGAAAGGAAUCACGGGAUCUAACUACGUGAACGACAACGGCAUGACUAUUAAACAUUAAAACCAAUCCUAAUUUUAAUACACUCAAUUUUAUAUAAAUAUUGAUUUAUUUUUGUGUGUGUUUUAUUUGUUGACAAUAAACAGAAGCAGUAUUCUUAUACUUCAACUUUA